CCCGGGCCGCAGGGCGCGCGCUCGGGCCGGGGUCGCGGCCGUCCGGGAUGGCCUCCAAUUUCAACGACAUCGUGAAGCAGGGGUACGUGAGGAUCCGGAGCCGGCGGCUGGGGAUAUAUCAGCGAUGCUGGUUAGUAUUCAAGAAAGCGUCAAGCAAGGGUCCAAAAAGACUGGAGAAAUUUUCUGAUGAACGGGCUGCAUACUUUAGGUGUUACCACAAGGUGACAGAACUCAACAAUGUGAAGAAUGUAGCUCGAUUGCCAAAGAGCACCAAGAAACACGCCAUAGGAAUUUACUUCAAUGACGACACCUCCAAGACCUUUGCUUGUGAAUCAGAUCUGGAGGCGGACGAAUGGUGCAAAGUCCUCCAGAUGGAGUGCGUGGGCACACGGAUCAAUGACAUCAGCCUUGGAGAGCCCGAUUUGCUGGCUACCGGGGUGGAGAGAGAGCAGAGUGAGAGAUUCAAUGUGUAUUUGAUGCCGUCUCCUAACCUAGCUGUCCAUGGCGAAUGUGCCUUGCAGAUUACCUAUGAGUAUAUCUGUCUUUGGGACAUCCAGAAUCCCAGAGUUAAACUCAUCUCUUGGCCGCUAAGCGCCCUCCGGCGGUACGGACGAGAUACCACGUGGUUCACUUUUGAGGCAGGAAGGAUGUGUGAGACUGGAGAAGGGUUGUUCAUCUUUCAAACGCGAGACGGCGAGGCCAUCUACCAAAAGGUCCACUCGGCUGCCCUGGCCAUUGCUGAGCAGCAUGAGCGCUUGCUACAGAGCGUGAAAAAUUCAAUGCUCCAGAUGAAGAUGAGCGAGCGCGCCGCGUCGCUGAGCACCGUGGUGCCCCUGCCCCGCAGCGCCUACUGGCAGCACAUCACCAGACAGCACAGCACCGGGCAGCUUUACCGCCUGCAAGAUGUCACCAGCCCUCUGAAGCUCCAUCGGACAGAGACUUUCCCUGCCUACCGAUCUGAGCACUGACAGCCACUGUCAGGAAGAGUCAGCGCCCUACGAUUCAUCAGCCACAGAUCCACACAGGGGGCUACGGGAUGAUGACGUCGAGGUAGCUGCAAGGAAGGAAGGAGGAAGGAAGAGAAACAGCUUCACAUGCUGGCUAAUGGGUAGUCCUUGGGAAACUCUGCGAUGCAAUACAUGCAUUUCUCUUUUCUUUUCCUUUUGUUUUUACCAAGUCCUAGCCUCAUUGAGACGUGCUGUAUGGAGACUGACUUUUCCCUGCUCCUUUACAGAUGGACAUUGAGGAGCCAAUGCCACAGGUGUUUUCCGGUGUACAUAAUCUUAACGUGUCCCCGGGCUGCUCAGAAUCCUCCUUCUGUGGAUGUGUAUGAUUUUCCUCCUGGGUGUUUUGAUUGUGUGAGUCAGCAUUGACAAUAAAAUGGCUCUUAUGGA